AUGGCUAGUCAGCGUGGGUUGGUGGAUGAGAAUCAGUCGGAACGACUACGCGCGGAGAGGCAGCUCAUGGAGACAUUGGCGCCCCACCGGGGCUCACGGUCCUGGAAUCUCGAGUACCCAGCAGCAAUCCAACAGGACUUUCAGGACACAGCCGUGAGCACGGGGGUCAAGCUGGACUUUCUGAUCUUGCCAAGGUACCCAGUGGCAAUCUUGCAGGACGCCCAGGCCAUGAUGAUCAGCGACCUAGUGAAGAGGGUCGACUACAUGGAGGCUUGGAGGGUAAUCCUGCAGGACUUAUGGGACACGGCGGAGGGAUCAGUGAGGGGGCUGACGAGAAUGAUGGUGAAUGUGGGGAAUUUCGAGUACCCAGCAGCAAUCCAGCAGGACUUUCAGGCGGGUGAGAACGAAACAGGUUCGAAAGAUGAGAGGCCGAAGUUUGAUGAGGGACCUGUAUCGUCCCCGAUGGAAGCACUCCUCAAAGGAAUGUCGCAGUUGCAUCAGGCGAUGACGUUGCAGCUGGAUCGCCAAAGCAACAAGCCUGAAUCAAUCAGGCCCGGUAUCACAGGGAGUGAACUGCCUAAGUUGCCGGAGGCGGAUGAGUAUGCGGCGAUCAAUGUUGGAGACUGGUUGCACGGGUUGACGGGUCCCAUGGGGGACCUUACUGAUGGUUCCGGAGGAUGGUGGGCUGAUGUGAUGCGAAGUCUAGAUGACUACUACAAGGAGUACCUCGCCGCGACCACAGUUAGAAAGGUCCAGUUGAAGGCUGAAGAUUUCGCUCGUCCGGGAGUUAGAGAAGAGCGUUGGGCGAGAGUCGACAAGCGGGCGGCAUCAAUGCUGCUGCAGGCGGUCCCGGAGGCGAUCAAGUCGGAGCUCAUGGCAAACCGCCUGUCAACGACUUUGGCGAUCCUUGGUCGUAUUCUCACUAUAUACAGGCCAGGGAGUUCGGUCGAAAGACAACAAGUGUUAAAAGCACUUGAAAGCCCAGGUGUUGGUGGAAGCCCCAUGGACUUGGUUGAGAUACUACGUAAGUGGGCUAGGUGGCUAAAGCGCGCAGAAGAUCUAGGACUCCAGCCUCCUGACGCAUCGAUUCUGUUGAAGGGGCUUGAUGUGGCGACGAAACCUUUAAUGGAGAAGAACAACGAGAUUUUCUUCAGAACGAAUAUGUUGAGGUUUUCCUUGGAUUUGGAUGCGGCUCCUACCAAGACGGCAGUGCUUCGGUUUCAUGGCCACCUUCUUGCAGAGUUUGAGCAGCUGGCCUACCGUGGCAGGGGAAAAGGCGGUCCUAUAGCUGCAGCUGCUGUGAGAGCGGCUAAUGCAGUUGGUGAUGCAGGAACCUCACCUACGAGCACGCAAAAGGGAGGUUCAUCUCCUUCGGCCUCGGGCUCUGCUAGACCCUGCAAGUUCUUUGCUCAGGAGAGCGGCUGCCAGCGGCUAAACUGCAAGUUUGUGCACGACUGGGCGAAUAUCCCGAAGGAGGAGAAGUCUGAGCGUUGCAAGAAUUGUGGUGCCAAGGGACAUAUGAAGAAGCAGUGUCCUUUGAGGGGGAGUUCUGAUGGUGGUCGCAAAGGCGAAGAAGGAAAGGGAGCUGCCGGUCCGAAAGUGAGGGCAACUAUGGCUUCGGCAAACAAGGGGUCAGAUGGGAAGCGUGAUGAUGGCACAGCUCCUGGAGGUGAAGCCCAGCAGUCAUCGAAUACCACCCCGGCGGCUACUACGGCAUCUUCGGCGGAGGCAGGUUUUUCAACAGCGUCGACGGCUUCGGGAAACAGGGGGAACGCCGGUGAUAUUGAUGAUUUCUUAAAGAAUGCCACGCAAAUCCUGAAGAUGAUGACCGAGAAGCAAGGUGUUCAACAGCCCCAAGGCCCGUCCAUGAAAAUGUUGAAGAAGGCCGUCAGACGUUUUGAGAACAGGCUGGCACUUGUUGAUUCGGGUGCCACGCAUCCGUUGCGUGAGGCCCGGCCGGAUGAAUGGGCGGAGGCUCCGGAAGUCGAUGUGGUGAUUGCGGGUGAUGGUGUGACUACAAUGAGGCAGAACACGGCGGGCACAUUGCUUACAGAACCUCAAGGCUCCGGAAGGCGACCUCAGACGAUAGUACCAGUUGGGAACCUUAUUGGUCUUCUUGGGUAUGAGCUUAUUUGGUCCAAGAAGAAGUGUGUUUUGAGGUCACCAGAUGGACGCGAAGAAGUGUUGAAGAUGACCUCGGGAUGCCCUGAGGUUAAUGAAGCCUUGGCUUUGGACCUCAUCGCCAAGAUUGAACAAGAGAAGCUCACUCGGCUUGAAAGGGCUAUGGAGGAGUCAAAACGUACGCUUGUCAGGGCGAUGAAGGUUGAAAAGGACCCGGGUUGGGAAAGGAACCUCAAGAAGUUCGUGGAGACCGGUAAGUUUGAGGAUGGUUACUGUGCGAUUUCUUCUAUGCCCUGGGCAACUGACGUGAUGAAUGAGGACCUUGUAAAGACCAUCUUUGAUAUCCCUCACACCGAGAAGGAGGCCUGGAACCUUAUGAUGGCUUUGGGGUUCAAUCGGAGAAUGAGGAAGAGAAUGAUGCAUAAAGACUGGAUUGUACGGUUUUACAGUGGCAAGCGCUCCUAUGUGGACAAGAUGUUCAAGAUGUUUGAGAACAACGGAACGAUGGUGUUGGACAUUGACGUUAUGCGAUGGGCACAGCUGGAUAUGCUGAACACCAACCAAGGUAUUAUAACACUCUUGUUAUGGGGGGCGGCUACGGGAAGGAUUGCUGGAACUUUUGCGGCUAUACCAAAGAGCAACACGUUUGAGCAUGCGCUAAGGGUGGUGGUGAUCAAUGAGGUUGCCAAGAUGGGCCGUCGAAUCAUGUGUGAGGCGGUGGACGUACCCGAAGACGGGGUGGCGAUGAGUUUGUGGGCGUCGUCACAAGCAGAAGAGGACGAGAGCUCUACGGUGUGGCUGCAUAAGUGGUUCAGGCAGUGGGUUGCCCAUAGUUUCCUGGAUGUGAUACACUUUGACCAAGGUGCCUUUGGACACGCGUUGCGCAGACCUACUACUAUGGCUACGAACCUCGAUGUGGUGGAGUUACGUGGUGUGCAAGAUCGGCGCAAUGAAUGGCCUACUAAGGGUGUAUGUUGGGCAACAUGGGCACCGAUGAUGGUGAGAGUUUUGGUGCAGGGAAUGAAGAGGUGGAAACAACGUCCUGGGUGGUACACAAGGAUGGUUAGAGCGUUGAGGGCGGUGGACCGCAAGGCGUGGGAACGGCAUCUUGCAAAUGAUCAUCUACCCCACAGAGCUGAUUGUCUACAGUGCAUCCACAACUCCACCGGGCGACCUCACAGAAAGUGCCUGCACAAGGAUUGCUAUGUGCUGAGUGCGGAUACUUUGGGACCUGUCAGAGUAGCCGGAUCCAAGGGCGAGAAGUUUGCAGUGGUGUUUACCUACCAGUUCCCGAAGCUUAAGAUGAUGCCGGAAGACCAACCUAUCGAUGAUGAUGAGUUGGGGGGCUGGGACCUGGAUGUUAAGGUCAGGGAGGAAGCUGGGGGCAUUGGUGAGUUUGAGGUAGAUAUUGCUGAGGAGGGUAUGGAGGACUAUGAGCUGUCGCUCGACGAGGGAGAGAAAGCUGUGGAGGAGCCGUUGAAGCCAGCCGAUUCUGCACCGACGUCCUCUACUACAAGCCUGGCUGUGGAUGAAAGAGUAGGCAAGGCUACGGAGGAUUGGUGGGAAUUCCGAGAAGCUGAAGGAAUUCUUGUUCGACAUCACGUUGUUUCAAGGCUACGUUUGUUCCGCCCUACAAAGGCGAACGGAUGUCCGGUGCCGCCUACGAAACUGGAACCUACACGGGUCACCGAGGUGAAGUACGUUGGUGGAGGUGCAGAGAUGGAAACUUCGGACUGGCAUGGCUACCAGUCGGGAGCACGAAGCCUGGACAAGAUGUGGACCGGAGCGACUACUUUCAAGAUCUCUCAGGCUGAGGUUACGGAAGAGGAGGAGGUUCUCGAGAAGGAUGAGAAGUCCUGGGAAGCUCUGAUCGGUGACCUCACAAAACCUGUGGAGAUGGAUACGAUUUACAUGGUUUAUCCAGUGCGAAACCGGCGUGGAGGAGAUGUUAUGUUGGCGGUGCAAGAAGCGGUGUUGAGGCUAAAGUUGCUGGGGUUCCCGGUGGCAAGGCUACACUCCGAUCGAGGAUCUGAGUUUGCUUCGAAGGGGUUGCGGAAGUGGCUACUUGAGCGAGAUAUUUUUCAUACCCGUUCGGAGUCUUUGGUGCCUCAAACGAAUGGUGCUGCGGAACGAGGUGUUCGUUGGUUUAAGACAAAGGCCAAAGUGUUGCUCUCGGAGGCGAAUGUUUCGUUGAAGUAUUGGACGUUGGCUAUGCAACAUGCAUCAAAUCGUCAGAUCUACUACAAGCUUGGGCUAAGCAAACCUCCAUUGUUGCCGUUUGGAACAACGGUGAUGGUUCGACGAACGGUGUUCGGCAACAACAAGAAGUAUGACCUGACAGACAGAUGGGAGCAGGGAACGUAUUUGGGAAUGUCGGAUACAAUCAAGGGAGGAGCUAGUGUGCUUAGACCCACGGGGAUUCUGACGGAAACCUUGAACCGAGCAGGAGUUGUUGAUCCUCGGCGUCUACUACAAGAUCCAGUUGAGGAUGAGGACGAGGCCGCGCCUAAGGAGGAGGAUAAGGCAAUUAUUGAUCUACCGGAACCUGACCAUCGGCUGACGGGGAAGCAGAGACCACCUGAACUACGAGCACUUCGAUUAGGCGAUGAAGAUGAGUACACCAGCGUGUUGGAGGAGGAAGAGUGGUCAGUAAUGACUAUUUUAGAAAGACAAGAAUGUAAAGCAAAGGAUUUCUACGACAAGGGCAUGUUCGAUCUACAGGCAUGUGGCGAAGUACUACAAGAACUGAAUAUAGAUGGAAAAAUGAGGACGCAGGGCCGUGGUACGCAGACCACAUCUAUGAUCUUGGGUGCCUACGUUCAUGGGGGGUUGCGCGGAGUAUCUGCACAAGGGAAGAAGCGCCCAUGGCUCACGAGAUAUUUGAAUGAAGUCUUGAAGGCCAAGGUGAAGGAAGAUCUUGGGGAAGUUGGAGCGUGGACGACCAUUGGUGUGUUCCGAGCAGCAGAUAUACCUCCGCAUCGUGAUCAACGAAACCAGCCGAACUCCCUCAACUACGCGGUGGAAAUUGGAGGAACACAGUCGGGUGGAUUGUGGGUUUCCAAUAGAAAUGCUGUUCGUGAGUGUCGAGGUGGGGGUUGUGCACGUGAGCUACAACAAGAGCUACCGGAUGGAAAGAUUGUAGAUGGAACCCUUUUCAACAUCAACCAGAAAGCUAUAGCUUUUGAUCCCAAGGGAGAGCAUGCCUACUUGAAGCCAGAGGUGGAGCGAUGGGUGAUGGUCGGUUUUACACCUUUAGGAGUUGAGAAGCUACUUCCAGCACUACGAAGAGCUCUUGGUGGCUGUGGGUUUCCGUUGGAGGGUACUGGUGUGAAAGUACCUGUGAGUUUCCAGGAUGAUGAUGAAGAGUCUGGCGGUGAAUGGUGGCAGGUCUUUGACUCCGAGGAGAAUUUGUACGAAGAGGAGAUUGAGGGUCGGGCCAAAGUCCUACGUUGUGUCCUACAGGAGGAGGUUGGUGAUAUGAGCUGCGAACAACCACUGUGUUCGGAGUAUUUGCAGCGGUUGGAAUAUGCUCGUGAAGUAUGUGAACGUGACCUUCAGGAGUUUGAUGGGCAUGUCUUGCGGAGGGUUGCAAAGAUAUCACCGGGCGAGGCCAAGGAUUAUGAGGUCGAGCCACUACUUCAAUCACUACAAGCACCUUUGGAAGUGGUACACAAUGUUUCCUUGCAGGAGGUGAGGAAGAAUGUCAGCAAAUGGGCGGCUUCGAUCUUUAAGGAGGUUGACGCUUUGAUUGGCAGUGGGACAAUAAAGCCUUUAUCGCCGGAACAAACCAGGGAGCUCAAGGCAUGUGGCUUAAAAGUGCUACCGGGGAAGGCUGUAUUCACAGCAAAACCUCCUUCCGAUGCAGCCAGUGGAGAAUGGUUUCGAAGAAAGUGCAGGGUGGUGGUUUGUGGCAAUUUCUUGCCACAUGGCAGGGACAACGUCUACGCCAGCGGCACGUCGGCCGAUACACUGCGAGUGAGCAUAGCGUACGCAAUCCUACGACAGUGGACAGCGGGUUGCACUGACAUUUCCAAUGCUUUUACGCUGGCGCCGAUGCCAGACAACCUGAUGUAUGGGGUUAUGCCACCGUCCAUUGUGGUGUUAGCUGGUGCAGCAAAACCAGGGGAAACCUGGAAGAUUGAGCGGGUCUUGUACGGACUACGGGAAGCACCCAGGCUAUGGAGUCUGUUUCGUAACGAUCGACUUCGUUCAGCUCGCAUUGAACAUGAAGGACGAGUACUACUUCUAUGCAACCUGGACACAGACGAGAACUUGUGGAGAGUGUGUUACGAGGACCAGCCCGAGGAGACGGCUGGAUUGAUGUUAAUUUACGUGGACGACAUCCUCGUGCUUUCCGUGCCGGGCAUCAUCAAGUGCAUAUACACAUGGCUUAUUUCUGAAUGGAAGUGUUCGGCUUUGGAGAUGUUGUCUGAUGGUGCAUUGAGGUUUCUUGGUGUGGAGUUGAGGUUGCAAGGAGGAGGUAUUCAUAUCUCUCAAGCCGGAUAUGUACGUGAUCUACUACGACAGCAUGGCGUUGACGAACAACCUGGGGGCCACCUUACAGUGCCUUGCAGUCGCGAGUGGUUGCAAGAUGAAGAUACAGAGGAUGAAAGCCCGGAACCUGAAGAAGCUACAGUGAGGAUGGCACAAAAGGUGACGGGGGAGGCUUUGUGGCUUUCAACACGGAGUCGUCCAGAACUUGCCCACUCGGUUGCAUGUAUGGCCUCUAAGGCGUUGAAAAAACUUUUGCGGGCGUUGGAGAUCAGUAAGAGGGUCAUGCAGUACCUUUCUAAGACGGCUGACUACGGGCUCCUUUACCAGGCGGGGGCCGGAGUUUCGGAUGUAUCAUGGCACAAGUCGGCGGAAUGCCUGUAUCAUGGCGCGGAGUUGUACGAGGGCGUAGCUGCUGUACAAUUGGGGUUGGGCGUAGCUGCCAUGGUUGCGGAACUCUGUAAGCACCUACGGGUCAGGGCGAGGUUUUUGAGGCAAGAAGUCGCCGCGCAGCGCUUGGUGAUUUCCCACGUACCAGGUGGCAUUGAGGGCUUUGAGGGCAUCAACGACUGGAGGAGUGUGCUAAAGAUGAUCUACCUUUGGAUGGUUCCAUUGAGCAGCGAGCUCUUCCGGGCCUACGUCCAG